UUUUAAGAGGUUUCCGCCAGAACAUAAAAGGCAAACUAGUUUUCUCUCCCGACUCGUCUACAGAGCCCUAGCACAGUCCCAGUUAGAGCCAGCCCUCUGCGCCCGCAAUCCUCCCAUCUCUAUUUCCCACUUACGUGGGUUUCAAUAAUUCGAGUAAAAGAAGAAGAUGUCUGUGCGAUUGCUGAACCCUAAUGCGGAGGUGCUGAACAAGUCGGCGGCCCUGCACAUGAACAUCAACGCCGCCAAGGGCUUGCAGGAUGUCCUCAAAACCAACCUCGGCCCCAAAGGCACCAUCAAAAUGCUCGUUGGUGGCUCUGGAGACAUCAAGCUCACUAAAGACGGCAACACUCUCCUCAAAGAAAUGCAGAUUCAAAACCCCACAGCAAUUAUGAUUGCCAGGACAGCUGUUGCCCAGGAUGACAUCAGCGGAGAUGGCACCACCUCUACUGUCCUAUUCAUUGGCGAGCUUAUGAAACAAUCCGAACGAUACAUUGAUGAAGGGAUGCAUCCACGUGUCCUGGUUGAUGGUUUUGAGAUUGCCAAGAGAGCAACUCUUCAAUUUAUCGAGAAAUUUAAAACACCUGUGGUGAUGGGCAGUGAGCCUGACAAAGAAAUCCUAAAAAUGGUAGCAAGGACAACUGUGCGAACAAAGUUACAUGAAGCAUUGGCUGAUCAAUUGACUGACAUAGUUGUAAAUGCGGUUCUUUGCAUCCGCAAACCUGAGGAGGCAAUUGAUCUGUUUAUGGUGGAGAUUAUGCACAUGCGCCAUAAAUUUGAUGCAGAUACACGUUUGGUUGAGGGUCUUGUCCUUGAUCAUGGUUCUAGGCAUCCUGAUAUGAAGCGACGAGCAGAGAAUUGUUACAUCUUGACAGCCAAUGUAUCUCUGGAGUAUGAGAAAAGUGAAGUGAACUCUGGAUUUUUCUAUUCAAAUGCGGAGCAGAGAGAAGCAAUGGUUUUAGCUGAAAGACGUCAGGUUGAUGAGAGAGUUAGAAAGAUUAUUGAGCUGAAAAAUAAGGUUUGUUCUGGUAAUGACAAUAAUUUUGUCGUUAUCAAUCAGAAGGGAAUUGAUCCCCCAUCUCUGGACUUUCUGGCAAGGGCAGGGAUUAUUGCUCUGAGAAGAGCAAAGAGGAGAAAUAUGGAACGGUUGGUUUUGGCUUGUGGAGGGGAGGCAGUGAACUCUGUAGAUGAUUUAACUCCUGAUUGCCUUGGCUGGGCUGGACUUGUAUACGAGCACGUCCUUGGUGAAGAGAAGUACACAUUUGUCGAAAAUGUGAAGAACCCUCAUUCUUGCACAAUCUUAAUCAAAGGGCCUAAUGACCAUACAAUUGCCCAGAUUAAGGAUGCUGUUCGUGAUGGUCUGAGGGCAGUGAAAAAUACAAUAGAAGAUGAAGCUGUAAUCUUGGGUGCUGGAGCUUUUGAAGUUGCAGCUAGACAGUAUCUCAUAAAUGAAGUGAAGAAAACUGUUCAAGGGCGAGCUCAACUCGGUGUUGAAGCUUUUGCUGAUGCUCUCCUUGUGGUGCCCAAGACGCUUGCUGAGAAUGCUGGCCUCGACACACAAGAUGUGAUAAUUUCUCUCAAGGGAGAGCAUGAGCGGGGAAACGUUGUCGGACUAAAUCAUCACACUGGGGAACCCAUUGACCCACAGAUGGAGGGGAUCUUCGACAACUACUCUGUGAAGCGGCAGAUUAUAAACUCAGGGCCUGUAAUUACAUCUCAAUUGUUGUUGGUGGAUGAAGUGAUCCGUGCUGGGCGCAACAUGAGGAAGCCAACUUAGCUUCAGAUUGUCCUUCUGAUUUUAUAACUACCUUGAUGUAACUCUUCGAGUGCAGUUUUCUGGUGGAGGAUUGUUAUAGGGAAUCUAAAUUAUGUAUGAGAAUUUUGUGUUGUAUACCCUGUAGUUUGGCUGAAACAUUAUGGUGUUCUGAUUUUCCCACGGGGAUUCUCUUUCAACCAGAUGGAGAGUUUUAGAUUUUGGUUGGACAUAUGGUCUGGAAUUUGCAACAAUCGUAGAAAUUUUGAUUUGUUGUGGCA